UAGGUGUAAAUUUAUUCAUACAUACAGCAAUCCCCAAGCCUGACAUAUCCGUUUUCUGUGGUAGUAUUUUCCUCAACUUCGGACACGUAUGAAUAUCCCCGCUGCUGACUUAACGUUCAACCAAUUCAGGUUGGGAGGGCGUCGGCGCGUGCCCCAACACCAACAAUCACCGUCCCAAUAUGCUUUCUUGACCUUGGAAACAACAUACCAUUAACGGUCCUUCAAAAGUUCACUCGUCAUCGUUUCUCUUAUAUACAUUCACACACAUAGUACAGACAACACUCAACACCUCUCCCCUCUCCCCUUUCCUGCACAAGGUUUCUUUUCAGUUUCCAUGGCAAUUCCGACGUCGUUUCUCACUUCAACAACCAAGAAAACCAACCUCCACAAACUCACACUCACCACUAUCCUCUGCUCUGUCUUUUACUUCAUUGGUUUCUACCAAAACUUCCGUGGCAGUAUCCCACCUUCCUCCGCCACCAUAGAUUCUUGUGCUCUAUCAAUUCGCAAUACCACCCUCGACUUCUUACCUCACCACUCUGCCCCUCACACCCCAGUCACGGUGGCGCGUGUGCAUCACCUCCAUCCAUGCGACCUUAAAUUCUCUGAGUAUACCCCAUGCGAGGACGUUAAACGGUCCCUGAAAUUCGACAGGGACAGAAUGAUAUACAGAGAGAGACACUGCCCGGAAAAGAAGGAGCUUUUAAAGUGUCGUGUGCCGGCUCCAUUUGGCUACAGGUUGCAGUUUAGAUGGCCAGUGAGUAGAGAAUUUGUGUGGUAUGCUAAUGUGCCUCAUAAGGAAUUGACGGUGGAGAAGAAAAAUCAGAACUGGGUGCGGUUCGAGGGGGACCGGUUCAGGUUCCCUGGUGGUGGAACUAUGUUUCCCCGCGGGGCUGAUGCGUAUAUUGAUGAUAUUGGCAAGUCAAUCAAUCUAACAGAUGGGUCGAUAAGGACCGCCAUUGAUACUGGUUGCGGGGUUGCAAGCUUUGGAGCUUACCUUCUGUCAAGGAACAUUGUGACAAUGUCAUUUGCACCGAGAGACACCCACGAAGGUCAGGUCCAAUUUGCUCUGGAACGUGGAGUUCCUGCAUUAAUUGGAAUCUUAGCUUCUAUUAGACUGCCUUACCCUUCAAGAGCCUUUGACAUGGCUCACUGCUCUCGCUGCCUCAUUCCUUGGGGCCAAUAUGAUGGGGAGUACUUAAUUGAAGUUGAUCGAGUUCUUCGUCCAGGUGGGUACUGGGUUCUGUCUGGGCCACCAGUUAAUUGGGAAAAACAUUGGAAAGGUUGGGGUAGAUCACCGAAAGAUCUUAAAGCAGAGGAGUCUACGAUUGAGAAGAUAGCCAAAAGCAUAUGCUGGAAAAAAUUGGUGCAAAAGGGUGAUCUCUCUAUUUGGCAAAAACCCACUAAUCACAUCCAUUGCAUAGCCAAAAGGAAGGUGUACAAGCAGCCUCUCUUUUGCCGAUCACAGGAUCCUGACAAGGCAUGGUACACCAAAAUGGAGAACUGUUUAACUCCACUGCCAGAGGUAUCAGACAUCAUAGAGAUAGCAGGAGGGCAACUAGCAAAAUGGCCUGAGAGAUUGACUGCAAUCCCUCCAAGGAUAAGCAGAGGAAAUUUGAAUGGUAUUACUGCAGAAAUUUUCACUGAAAAUACAAAGAUAUGGAAGAAAAGAUUAGCAUAUUACAAGGAAGUCCACCAUCAGUUAGGUGAGCAUGGGCGGUAUCGUAACUUGCUUGAUAUGAACGCUUAUUUGGGAGGCUUUGCCGCCGCACUAGUGGAUGAUCCUGUAUGGGUUAUGAACGUUGUUCCUGUGGAAGCAGAUAUCAAUACUUUGGGGGUCAUCUAUGAACGUGGGUUGAUCGGAACUUAUCAAAAUUGGUGUGAAGCCAUGUCAACUUAUCCAAGGACUUAUGACUUGAUUCAUGCUGAUUCAAUUUUCAGCCUCUACCAGGGCAGAUGUGAAAUGGAAGACAUUCUGUUAGAAAUGGAUAGGAUUUUAAGGCCAGAUGGUAGUGUAAUAAUUCGAGAUGAUGUAGACAUCUUGCUAAAAGUCAAGAGCAUUGUGGAUGGGAUGCAAUGGAAUGCCACAAUUGCAGACCAUGAAAGGAGUGCUCAUGAGAGGGAGAAGGUUCUUUGUGCAGUGAAGCAGUAUUGGACAGCGCCAGGCCCUUAACAAAAUUAACCACAAUCUAAAACAACUUCAUAGCGAUGGCCUUUCUCAGUUGCAUUGCCUUUCAAUGCUUAUAAUUCCUCGUCAGACAUUUUUCAGUGGUUCUUGAAUCCGCUUUCAGAUCAGAUGAUUGUAUCAAAAUGCCACAGAUGAUGAAAUUGCCCUGUUCGACUAUUGUUGAUUCUCAAUUUCUUUUGUAAAAAUCAUUUUAUUAAAGAAAAUAUUAAUUAUAACAGAA